CAAAACAAAUUUAAGCUAACAUCGUUCAUAGAGAAAGUGCAUCAAACAAUGGCAACAGUGGCGGAAUCAUCAGAACCUGAAGCACCCCCAUCCACACCCGCUCCCACCGUUAACCAGUCCACAACCACCAAUCCUCAAACCCUAGAUGUGAAACCGUUUAUCGAUUACGCUGUUGGCCAUGUCCUAUACUACCAAAAAACCUUCAACGACGCCGUCGAUUCUGCAAUCGACGCUUCCACUUCUCGUUUCUCUCAAAUUCGAUCAACUUCUUCAGCUCAUUUUCAUCAAUCAUUGGAUUAUUUGGAUGAUUUCAAGUCUCAAUACAAUGCUUAUGAGGAACUUCUGUUUGGAAAGAUCAAAGAGGGUGUACUUGUUGCAGCUUCACAUCCAGUAAUUACUUCUGGAGCCACUGCUUCCAUGGGGCUUCUGGUCCUCAAAAGGCCUCGUAGGUUCUUGUACUACAACAUGCAGCGUCUUUUUGUUAGUGAAGAGUCUUUGGUUUCAAAAGCCAGUGAAGAAGUUAAAGAGUUGCGGCAGUCAAUUGAUCUUCUGAAAUCUGAAGUUGAAAGGAUGGAGAAGAGUGCAUUACAUGCAGAAGAGCAAUUCUUACAUGGAAGGACAAAACUCAGACAAGCCGGAAAGCAAAUCCGAAAUGUGAUUCAGUCGGCAUAUAAAAUUGAAAGACGGGCAGGAGGUUUAAAAGAUAUCCUUGGAGAGCUCCCUAAAAGUGAAGCGUCUCACUUUCGGUCACAGGUUUCCCGAAUUGCUUCUGAUGUAAAGCAAGAAAAGAGAUCCUUGGCCAAGGAGGUCUCUAAAAUUAGCAACUAUGGCAUCUCCAUUUAAGAAACUUUGCUUUAUCAUGCUAUAAAUGGAUGUACAAGUUUUCUGACGAGGAUCAUCAUCUCCAAUCAUCAUGCCCUCCCUUUUUUCUAGAUGCAUCCUUUGUUUUAUUAUGUUUGCUAGAGGGGAUGCAUCGUUCCCAGUAGAAAGGGAUUAUACAAGAAAAAUACAUUGAGGCUGUUUACCUUCAACUCAAAAUUUACUUUUUUAUCCUUUCGAAUAUACAAAGCCCUAUAUUGAAUGAAGUUUCGCUACUAAACACCUCUCUAACUUAGUUGACGAAUAUUUUAGGAAUUGAAUUAGAUUGCAGUUGUAUCAAAUCUGCGAGAAUAUUGCUCAGUUCAACAUGAUUAGGAAAUCUAAUCACAUGAACUGAAAAUAAGGGCUGAAACUCCGCUGAAUUAUAAAUAUCCGAGAUGCAACCAUAUAAUCAGCCAUACCUUUUUUCUAUUUCA